AUGUUUCGCACCAAUUUCUUCAUACCUAAACAUCUUGAGGACGAUGAUGAAACAUGUCUCCUCGUAAAGGAAGAGUCACGGGGUUUCCCAGUCACGAAUUACCUUGCAUUCUUUCCGGUCGUUCCUCCUAGCUAUCAACCACACGAAAACAUUCACUUCAACUAUACUCCUUAUGGAUUUGGUUAUGACUCUGUUAGUGAUGAUUUUAAGGUGAUUUGGAAGGUUUAUUAUCCCUUAGAAUUUCGAAGUGGUGAUUGGGUUUAUUUUCCGGACAAGGAUGAUCCUUUUUGGGAGAGAGAUGUGCACGAGCUGGAUUUGAAUGACAGUUUUUGGGAGGAAAAAAAGCUCAUAUUCAACUUGUAUGACCCUUUCUCGGAGAUUUAUAGCCUCAAAAGUAAUUCUUGGAGGAAACUCGAUGGGGUUGAUAUGCCUGCUUCUUGCCCACGUUCUCUCGUGAACAUGAAUGGAUUUUGCCAUUGGUUGUCGAUUGAAGGACCUGUUAUGGUGUUGUUUGACUUUACCAAAGAGACAUUCGUUGCAACACCAUUACCCUCUAACUCAGAUAUAAAAUAUAAACAGAUGAAAAUGGGAUUGGUGGAAUUAGAUGGAUCUCUUUCUUACAUCACUAAUUACAACCAGACGCCUGAUUUUCACAUUUGGGUUUUGGGUGAACUCGGUGUCAAAGAAUCGUGGACUAAAUUCUUUGUUGUUGGACCCUUAACUUGUCCUCUUAUCUCUGGUAUCUCAGUAGCGAACAAGAAUCGUAUAUUCUUUAACGAAAAUGAUUUUGUGCUAGGCUGGUUUGAUUUAAAUACCCAAAGGAUUGAGAAAAUUGAAGCCAAAGAAGAGUCAUCUUGUUUGCACAUUGCAAUUUAUAAGGAAAACCUUCUUUCUUUCGGAGGAAUAGUCUAAUCUCUAAGUUUUUCAGCUUGAGAUUCAUGAACAUUGUUAUUUAAUUUAGUAAAGA